CAUAGUCAGUCUGAGACACUACAAAUUCGACUGCUCUUUGUCAAGAAACUCAGUCUUCUCUAUUGCCAUCUGCUCUGUACUCGCCUGCCAACAUCCAGCUCUGCCAAAGAUCAUUUCAGCCUUUGCCUGUCGAACACCAAGGAGCUUCUAGCUUCCAGUUUGAGUUCAGGCUUUCUUCAGAAGUAUCUGCGCAGAAUGGCUGACGAGAAGAUUCACAUCAACAUUGUAGUUAUCGGCCAUGUCGAUUCAGGGAAGUCCACCACCACCGGUCACAUGAUUUAUAAACUUGGAGGAAUCGAUGAGAGUGUGAUCGAGCGUCUAGAGGAGGAGGCCACAGAGAUGAGCAAGCAGUCCUUCAAGUACGCGUGGGUGCUUGACAAGCUCAAGGCUGAGCGCGAGCGAGGUAUCACCAUCGACAUCGCCUUGAUGAAGUUCGAGACCAGCAAAUACUCCUGCACCGUGAUCGAUGCUCCCGGCCACAGGGACUUCAUCAAGAACAUGAUCACAGGAACAUCUCAGGCCGAUUGUGCUCUGCUCAUGAUCGACUCCACCACAGGAAGUUUUGAGGCUGGAUUCUCCAAAGAUGGCCAGACUCGGGAGCACGCUCUGUUGGCCUUCACUUUGGGAGUGAACCAAAUGAUCUGCUGCUGCAACAAGAUGGACGCCACGUCUCCACCUUACUCCCAGGAAAGGUACGAGGAGAUCAAGCAGGAAGUGUCGGGUUACUUAGAAAUGGUGGGAUACAAUCCAGAAAACAUCCCGUUCGUCCCAAUCUCAGGAUUCCAAGGAGACAACCUGAUCGAGAAAUCCGAGAAUCUAGAAUGGUUCGAAGGGCCCACACUGCUGGAAGCGUUGGACAACUUGCGCGAGCCGGAGAGACCCUCCGACAAGCCUCUGAGGCUGCCCCUUCAGGACGUGUACACGAUCGGAGGCAUUGGAACCGUGCCCGUGGGACGAGUUGAAACCGGAGUAAUCAAGCCCGGUAUGGUGGUGUGCUUCGCUCCCACCGGAGUGACCGCCGAGGUGUUGUCCGUGGAGAUGCACCACCAAGCUCUGAGUGAAGCAUUGCCCGGUGACAAUGUGGGAUUUCACGUCGAGAAUGCAUCAGCUAAAGAGUUGAAGCGUGGAUACGUGGCUUCGGACUCGGAGAACGACCCUGCGAGGGAGACAGCUAGUUUCAUUUCGCAGGUCAUCAUCAUGAACCACCCGGGUCAAAUUGCCAAUGGCUACGCACCGGUGCUGGACUGCCACACGUCUCACGUCGCUGUGAAGUUCGCAGAGCUGCAGUCGAAAAUCGACCGCCAUUCGGGAGAUGAGCUGGAGCAGGAGCCCAAGUUUCUGAAGAAUGGAGACUCGGGGAUUGUGAAGAUGAUACCCACCAGACCUUUGACAGUAGAGGCAUUCUCAGAGUAUCCACCUCUGGGUCGGUUCGCGGUCCGAGAUAUGAGACAGACUGUGGCAGUGGGAGUCAUCAAGUCUGUCGAGAAGAAAGAGGCAUUCAGCAGUUGAGGUAGGAUUCGAGGAAGGAGAGGCCAAGAAAUAAGGAGCUGGAGUAGAUAGUGAAGGCUGAGCAUCGGAGGUGUGCAACCUCCUCGCUUCUAACUUAUCGUCCAUUUCUGCUCGCUUUCGUAGAUCACAAUCUCAAAUGAGAUCAUCAUCUGAAAGCAGACGGAUGUGGAGAGCAAGCAUGGGCGUUUUCACUCGAACUUUGGUAUAUUUCAGUCUGAGAUCAAAGCCUUCGGAAGGCAUCCCAUUUCAAGCAGAUCCAGUGUAAAGUACACUUAGUAACCAUUGCAGGACUUCAGCAGAUUCAUAUUACAGGAAGUUCAGAAAGACCGGGAAAGAGCAUUCAGGUUGAGACAUUAUUCUGAUUGUAAGCGAAAGGACAGAACACAGUCUCAGGAAGAGGACACGAGAACAAUUUACAUGACAGAUCUCGAAGAAAAAGGGAAGCGCGGAUUAUAUUGAUCUGUGGAAUAGGAGAUUAAACCGGGAAUGAACAGAAGAAGGGGUUACUUUAGAAUAUGAACCAUUGAUUAGUUGAGCUGGAUUUGCUUCAAAUGGAGCUUUGGCAUAGACCACAUGUAAUAAAUUCUUG